AUGCCGCACGCCAUCGAAACGAACAAUGGCUCUCUGAAGCGCGGUGUGGCGCAAAAGAUACUGAACGACGCAGUAGGCGUGACCAAGAGCAAGGAGGGGCAUGAGAAGACUGACUACACAAGAUGGAGGUUAAAGGACGAUCGAGGAUGUCAGACAUGGCAUUAUCUGCAGAGCGACGAAGAGAUGAAAGCAUGGCCGCAGAGUACAGCGGAUAAAUACUUCCUAGGUCUCGAUACGGAACAACCUACUCUCAAACCCGCAAAGACACCUCUCGAAGCCGCACACAAUGGCCUCGAAUUCUUCUCUCAACUCCAACUCCCACCCGGAAACUGGGCUUGCGAAUACGGUGGUCCUAUGUUCCUCCUGCCAGGCCUCGUAAUCACCUGGUAUGUCACCGAGACACCAAUACCAGCAUCGCAUGCGAUCGAGAUCAAAAAUUACCUCUUCGCGCGGGCGAAUCCGGUAGAUGGUGGCUGGGGAUUACACAUCGAGGGCGAGAGCACCGUGUUCGGUACCGCAAUGAACUAUACUGUGCUGAGGCUGCUAGGCAUCGACGCAGAAGAUCCCAGGAUGCGUAAAGCGAGGGACAUACUUUGGAACCUGGGCGGCGCGCUCAAUGCACCGCACUGGGCAAAGUUCUGGUUGAGCGUGCUGGGUGUGACCGAUUGGGAUGUAGUCAAUCCUGUUCCACCUGAGCUAUGGCUACUACCAGAUUGGGUACCCAUUGCGCCUUGGAGAUGGUGGAUACAUAUGCGAAUGGUCUUUCUGCCCAUGUCAUAUAUCUACUCCAAGAGAUGGUCGUAUCCGUUGAACGACCUCACACGUCAAUUGCGGGCUGAGCUGUUGAUGGAGCCGUUUGAGACGAUCAACUUUGAUGCACGCCGGAACACCAUUGCCCCUACGGAUAACUAUCAUGUCAAGUCCUGGUUUCUCAAAGCCCUGUUCUGGUUCUUGGCCGUUAUAUGGUUUCCAUACAUUCGACCCACCUGGAUGGUAAAGCGCGCUGAGGAACAUGUAUGGUGGCUGAUUGAGGCUGAGGAUGAGAACACAGACUUUGCAAAUCUCGGUCCGGUAAACGGCCCCAUGAAUAUGUUGGUUGCAUAUAUCAGAAACGGACCCAACUGCCAUGCCGUUCGUGAGCACAUCAAGACUCUUCCGGAGUUCCUUUGGGUGAAGGAUGAAGGUAUGCUUAUGAACGGCACAAACGGUGUACAAACAUGGGAUACUGCGUUCCUCAUUCAAGCUGUCGAAUCUUGCGGCUGGUCAAAAGAUAAGAAGUGGAAGCAUAUGCUCACGAAGAGUCUCGAGUUUUUGGAAGACCAGCAGAUCCUUGAAGAAACCAGAGAUCAACACGCAUGCUAUCGUCAACAACGCAAAGGCGCCUGGGGUUUCAGCACACGAAAGCAAGGCUAUACGGUUAGCGACUGCACAUCUGAAGGUCUUAAGAGCACGCUCAUCCUACAGAAAGACAACAAGUUUCCUGAACUUAUCAAUGAACGUCGCAUGAAGGACGCCAUCGACGUCCUGCUUACCAUGCAGAACGCUUCUGGUGGCUGUGCUUCCUACGAGCCGACGCGAGGCAGUAUACUCCUCGAACACCUCAACGCAGCAGAAGUCUUCGGCAACAUCAUGAUAGAAUACGACUACCCCGAAUGCACGACCGCCGUUGUGACCGCUCUGCACAUGUUCCAGCAUCAUUACCCUGAAUACCGUGCCGCAGAGAUCUCUGCCUUCCGCGACCGCGCGGUAUCGUACAUUCGAGCCGCCCAACGUCCAGAUGGUUCGUGGUACGGUAGCUGGGGUAUCUGUUUUACCUACGCCGGCAUGUUCGCUCUUGAAUCACUCAAAUGCUCUGGCGAACAAUACGAGAACUCUGAGCGCGUAAGACGGGCCUGCCAGUUUUUCCUCGACAAGCAAAUGGAAGACGGAGGCUGGGGCGAGACAUACAAGAGUUGCGAAGACGGUGUCUGGGAUCAGCAUGCGGAGAGCCAAGUUGUGCAGACUGCUUGGGUAAUUAUCGCAAUGAUCGAGGGCGGCUUCCCUCACAAGGAGCCACUUGAGAGGGCUGUCAAGCUCAUCAUGAAGAGGCAGAAAAAGAAUGGAGAGUGGUUGCAGGAGGCAAUUGAGGGGGUGUUCAAUAAGUCUUGUAUGAUCUCUUAUCCGAACUACAAGUUUAUAUUCCCUAUCAAGGCGCUGGAAUUCAAGCGAACGGAAAAGCCCUAUCCCAACUGGCGCGACGGCCACGACCUCCCAACUAAGCAGUCCACUAAUCAUGACAACGCUCCAGCAGAGGAGAAGGCCGCCGACGAUACUGGAGACCAAGUUGGUAACGCCGGUCGGACACGAAGCAAAUGCGGUCGUAGUCGCGGCAAGAACAGGAACCCACAAAAAACAGCUCUUGCUGGUCAAGAUCAAGUCCAAGAGACUGCCGAGUUACCAGCCACGACUCCCGCCGACCGCGGGGCCGUCGCGAUCCACUUCUGGGCCACCGCCACGCCCGCCACGCUCUUUGGUUUCCCCUCCAACACCGAGAUCCUCGCAACUAAUCUUGCCAACGAGACGCGAAAUCGUUCAACCUCCCAACCUUUUGUCCAUACGAACCACUUUCAGGAGGUGCACCGUCCGGUGGAGGAAGGUGAGAGUCCGUUCGAUCCUGGUAUUUCCGCUCUGCGGAUUGCAGCAAUACUGGGUGGGUUCAUUGAAAGGAGGGAGGAUGUGGGUAAAAAGAAGAAAGACUGGGCUAGAGAGAAGUACAUUUUUGCGGACGAGAAUGAAGAACCGCUGGUGAAGGACGAAAAAAGGAAGGAGGUCAACGAGAACCCGAUGAGUGACCAAAUAGGCGACCAAAAAGUGCUCACACCCAACGGGAUGAAGAAAUGGAAGUGGUAUGGCAAGAAGCUUCGGAAGGACGCUGCUAGGGACGCGAGGAAAGCCGCGAAGAGGGAAGCUGUCGAAGGGGGUGACAAUGCAUCAUCUCGCUGCGAGAAUCUCACCGGUAAUGCUAGCAAUGGACAACCUCCUGGCGACGACAAUACCGGCGAUACUGGUUACGAUCACGGUGGAUUCCAGGACACUGACAAGUUCUACGCCGAGUCAGCAACUGAGCUCAAGAAAUUCAACCCCGAGGCCAUGAUCUUUGAGCCUAGAUGUAAGCCUGGUGAUGUCACGAGUCCCUUGAAGCGCAAAGAUGAACCGGAUGACGACGUGGGGAGUGGACUAAGAGCGCCGGAACAGGUUGUGUAG